AUGAACAGCAGUUUAAGCUGCAGCUGGAGAAUUCAGUAUACUUCAACAGAGGGGCAGCAUAAACUGAAUUUAGCCAGCUACGGGAAGCAGUCCGCUCUGACUGGAAUAGGCACGGUGACGUUUGAUACAUACCUGGGUGGCACCAAAGUCAACUCAACAUUGACAUCUGCAAGUAUGAGGUAUCUGGACUUCACUGGAUGCAGAGAAGCAGGCGUUGGGUAUACUCCUGAUUCACAGCUCCGCUUCAGCCCAUUGGCCGCCUCCAACAUGCUCCGCCCCCUGCUCCUCCUGUCCGCCGUCACCCUGGUGGCAGGUGUUCAGUUUAGUGCGGAUCAAACGAUCGACAUCAGAGGGUGUCCCAUCACCUUCUACGGAAAGAGAUACGAGAACGCCUACCGCCACCAUGAGGUUUGUGUGUUUGACAAAAUCUGCACUGUGACCGGCCACACUGUCAUCAACAUCCUCGGCCAGAUGACGGUCAUCGAGGAUCGCUGUUCCUAUUCUCUGCUGUCGGCUCCGUCAAACCCAAACUUCCGGCUGGUGGGCAACUUCCGGGAACGGCGGCGCACCGACGUGAGCUUCUUGGAGAGCGUCACUCUGCAGCUGCGUGACGUGUUCGUGAACAUCCACUUGGAACAAGGCGCCAAAGCUCGGCUGAACGAGUCGGUGCUGAGGCUCAACAGCUCGCUGCGGGACGUCCAGGGCGUGAUGAUGUCCAAAGACCACCGAGGCGUCGUCGCCAAGGUGUCGCUCGCCAACUCCAAUGUCUCCAUCUUCUUCGACGGCAACACCGCUCAGAUCCGGAUUCAAGGUCCCGUCGUGACGUCUCUCGCCGGUCUGUGUGGGCUCUCCGGUGGGUCUCCAAAUCAGCUGACGCUCCCUGGCAGCAACCAAAGCUGCCAGACGAAGCACCAGCAGGCCGCCGACGUCGGCAUCAACUGCACGGCGGCGGCUCAACGCUGCGGCCGCCUGAUGCAGCCGCCUUUCGUCGCCUGCCACAGCAGCAUCGACCCGCAGCCCUUCAUCACCGCCUGCAACCGGACUCUGUGCAGAUAUCCGGCGCUGGAUGGCCUCAACUGUCAGUUCCUGGAGGCCUACGCUCGAGCCUGCCAGCUGCACGACGCCUCGCUGCAGAGCUGGAGGUCCGCCGCUCGCUGCCCCUCCCCUGAAGCCUUCUGUCAGGACAGGACCUGCAGCGCUCACGAGUUCUGCGGCGAGAAGACGCCCGGCGGCGACACUCGCUGCUUCUGUCGGGCCAUUUUUGCCUCCAAGUACAAGUCUGAAGACAGUUUGGGAGAACCGACGGUGUGCAGCGAGAGCUCAGCUACCGUCUCUCUGCUCGACUGUCUGCUGCAGGACAAAGGCAUCAGCUACUCCACCUUACACCUGAACAACGACACCUGCAGGGGUCAGAUGGACGAAGUCACCCACAUGGUGACCUUCAGCUACAACAGCAGCAACACCUGUGGAGCCGACGUCACGUCCAACAGUAGCAAGAUUUUCUUCACCAACACCAUCAAGACCACAAACGUCUCCUCUGGAGUCAUCACUCGCCUCGACCAAGUCCACAUCAACUUCUCCUGCGUCUACACUCAGCCGGAAAUCCAGUUUACGUCCUUCAGGAUCAAAGACAGCUCUGUGUUCCAGAAAAUCACCUCCGGAGCUUGGAACUACAAUCUGACCAUGAAGGCCUACAGCGACCCCGCCCACACACAAGCUGUGGAUCGGAACACCGAGUUGCAGCUGAACCAGAAGAUCUGGGUGGAGCUGGACACUGUGGGGCUGGAGGGAGGCCUGGUGGCCCUGGUGACCGACUCCUGCUGGGCCACCAAAGAUCAGCAGUCAAACUCCACAAAGAGACACAAGCUGAUAGAGAACGGCUGUGCCAGUCCCGGCGACCAGACGGUGAAGGUGAUGGGAAACGGACUGGGAACCUCCAACUCCUUCUCCUUCAACAUGUUCCAGUUCUCUGGGAGCUCUGGUGAAGUCUACCUGCACUGCAAACUCCAGCUGUGCGUCAAAGCCAAGACGAGCUGCGACCCGGUGGCUUCCACAGCGACUCGGACUGACCGACAGGCUGCCGACCUCUGCGAUGAUCCCUGA